AUGUCUGCGGCAAAAACCCCCGGCGCUCGUCCGCCAUCUACCAGCGCGCACAAUAUGGGUCCCUUGCUUCAAUCACCACAACCCCAUCGUGGCCAUGUGCGCACGCCUAGUCCAAACUACUUUGGCUUCACUGCCCAGGACGAAUCCUACGACUCGGAGUCAAAUCGCCAUACGAGGAAGAAUUGGAGUCCCCCUUCGUCGGCAGUGAGGUCUACCGCUGCCUUCUCACCUACCGUCAUCCCUGUCGACCAGAAUCCCGACUUCGAUGCUUUCCGACGUCAAUCCGAGAGCGUCGGCUUCAAUCUGGGCUCCCUGCAUGACUUUGACUUCAAGAAGCCUGCACUGCCCUCUGGAGGCAGCAACAGCUCUAACACAAAUACAAACAACAACAGCUUCUUCAACAACAUCAACAUCUCGGCCAGCCCAAAGCCCACGACCGAGCAGAGACAGAUGCCGCCGUCAGGCCGUGCUCCCUCCGGCUCAAUAUCAGGUGGACGUGCUCCCUCGGGCUCCAUCUCAGGUGCAGGUAAUGACUUCAAUCUCGAUCCCGAAUCCGCGUACCAAGGCCGCUCCCCAAAAAGACAUCUUUCUAAUGAUUCGUCUUUUCCAGACGGUCUGCGCAAUGCUCCUGAGCGCCCGAGCAGCCAGCCCAGGCUAAACAUGCCUUUCAACCUCAACCUCCCUCCUCAACCCCAGUUCAAGCCCAGAGCCGAGACUGUUCCUGUGGCCGGCCCAUUGAACGACUCUGACUCCUUCAUCACUCCUCAACAUCUCUGUAAUUUGCUCGACUCCGCUGCCGAGGAGAUGUUGAUACUGGAUUUGCGUGUCUCAACACAAUAUGCUAGUGCCCACCUCAGAGGAGCCCUCAACCUGUGCAUCCCUACCACCCUUCUGAAACGCCCCUCUUUCAAUGUAAGCAAACUGGCCGAGACAUUUAAGGACAAUGCCGAUCAACGCCGAAAGUUCGAAAACUGGAAAAGCAGCAAAUACAUUAUUGUUUACGAUUCAGCCUCAUUCCAACUCAAGGACGCCACUUCUUGUGUUAAUACGAUUAAGAAGUUUGAUAGCGAAGGAGUGGAAGGCAAAUGUUAUAUUCUCAAGGGUGGCUUUGCCGAGUUCGCCAAGAAGCACCCUUCGCAUAUUGAAAGAGCAGGUGGCCAGUCAGGCCGUGCCGGUGCUCCCAUGGGGAUGAAGCUGGACAUGACAGGUCCCGAGAUUGCACCUGUCAUUGGAGGUUGUCCUAUGCCUGUCGAGAAGAACGCCGCCAACCCAUUCUUCGGAAACAUCAGACAGAACAUGGAUCUUAUUGGUGGUGUUGGCCAGAUGGAAAUCAAGCGCCCUGCACACUUGUCAAAGGAGAUUCAAGACCACUUCCCUCCCUGGCUACAGUCAGCAUCUGACGAGAAAGACAAGGGUGCUCGCGUGUCCGAGAAGUUCUUGCAAAUCGAGAAGAGAGAACAAAAGCGUAUGCAAGAGGCGCUCUCAGGAAAGGUCUCGUAUGGUUCACCUACGCAGUCCAUGCCGAAAUCAUCGAUUCAGAUCGCUGGUAUUGAGAAGGGUUCGAAGAACAGAUACAACAACAUCUGGCCCUUCGAACAUUCUCGUGUCAAGCUGCAGGAUGUCCCUUCGCAUGGUUGCGACUACUUCAACGCCAACUACAUCUCCUCAAAGCGUUCGCACAAGCGCUACAUCGCCACCCAGGGACCUAUUCCUGCUACCUUUGCUGACUUCUGGAAUGUGAUUUGGCAGCAAGAAACUAGGGUCAUUGUUAUGCUUACUGCGGAGAAGGAAGGCGGUCAAGUCAAAGCACACAACUACUGGUCAGACAAGCAGUAUGGCCCUAUUCGUCUCGAGUUUCUCUCCGAGAAGCGUGCUUCAUUGGACCCGGCAAAGAUCAAGAGGCAUCGUCAGCAACGUCCUUCGGUUGGUGCAAGAAAGUCUACUGAUGGUGCAAUCCUCGCUCGCAUCGAUACAACUACUUCCGAGAGCGCAUCAAAGGACGAUCAACCAUACGUCAUUGUCCGUAAAUUGGCACUUCGCCACGAAGGCUACCCAUUCGAACGUAUGCGCGAGAUUACACAACUUCAAUACUCGAGCUGGCCCGACUUUGGUGCACCAGCACACCCAGCACAUCUUUUGGGACUAGUGGAACAGUGUGAGGCCGUUGUUCGCAGCACAACGCAUUCCAGUCUGUCAGAGCCGGAUCCUCCAGAGGCACCACCAAUCGUUGUGCACUGCAGUGCUGGUUGUGGACGUACGGGCACCUUCUGCACGGUAGCGACGGUCAUUGAUAUGCUCAAGCGACAAAGGUCAUCACGAAGAAGACAUAUUCGCGACAGCUCACCCAUGCACCUCGACGAGCGCCGAAGCUCGGUUCAGAUGAAGGACAGCAGCCCCUUCUUUGCAUCAUCCACUGCCCAAGUACCGUCGUCAGAAGAAGAAGACGAGGUCGAUGGCAAGUGGGUGGAUGAUGAGAACCAAGACUUGAUCGAAAAGACAGUCGAAGAGUUCCGCAAGCAAAGAAUCAGUAUGGUGCAGAGUCUGCGCCAGUUCGUGCUCUGCUACGAGAGUGUGAUGGAAUGGCUUGUUGAGCAAGAGUCUGAAGACUAG